UCCCUUAAACCCUACUCUUUGUCUUCAUCCUCUCACUGCCUCUUUUCUCACUGACUACUCACUGUCACUUCGCAAAAACCCUAAUUUCGCCAUUCAGAUAUCUAGAAAUGGCUUUUUGCAACAAGCUUAGUGGUAUUUGGAGACAAGGUGUUUCUCAGAGCUCAAAUGUUCCAGUCACAUCUAUGCUUGGCUCUCUCCGUUACAUGUCCACUAAGCUUUUUAUUGGUGGUCUCUCGUGGGGAACUGAUGACUCCUCCCUGAAGGACGCUUUCUCUAGCUUUGGUGAUGUCACAGAAGCUACGGUGAUUGCAGACAGAGAGACUGGGAGGUCAAGGGGUUUUGGAUUUGUCAGCUACGACAGUGAAGACUCCGCAAACAAUGCCAUCAAAGAAAUGGAUGGAAAGGAGCUGAAUGGGAGGAACAUCCGUGUGAACCUUGCUAACGAAAGACCGAGUGCCCCGAGAUCAUCAUUCGGUGGUGGUGGUGGUUACGGUGGUGGAGGAGGUGGAUACUAAAACAAGCCAGAGGAUUUGAGAAAGAGAGAGAGAGGAGCCUCUGAACUUUCAGUAGUUAGUUAUUAGUUUUGUUUCCCUCUCUGUUUAACUGCAAACAAACCUUAAAACUAGUUUUGUUAAACUUCUUACUUAGACCCUGUUUUUGGUUGUGUCUUUUCCAAUGAAUACCAUAUUGCUGCUACUCCAUCUUCAGCAAUCUAUGUUGCAUCGAGUUGAUUUAA